CUCCUCCAAGAGGGCGGGAAGAGAGGCAGGGUGGAGUUCCCGGCAUGCAGCGGGCGGCAGUUCCCGGCCGGUGGCUAAGAUGGCGACUCCCAUGCAUCGCCUUAUCGCUCGGAGACAAGCGUGAGUGUGUGAAGGGGGAGGCAAACAAGCAACACGUGAGAUGUCAGAAGUGUUUGGAAUUUGGACACUGGACUUACGAAUGUACAGGGAAAAGAAAAUAUCUGCAUAGACCAUCGAGGACAACAGAAUUAAAAAAAGCACUUAAAGAAAAAGAGAACCAACUAUUACAACAAAGCUCUGGAGAAUCAGCUACAGAGAGGAAGAGCAAGAAAAAAAGGUCUAAAAGUGUGACGAGUUCCAGCAGUAGCAGCAGCCUCAGUUCAGCUAGCGAGUCUUCAUCUGAGAGUGAAGAUUCCUCAUCCUCUUCUUCUGAUGACAGUGACAGUGAUGAAAGCACUUCCAGUUCCUCCUCCUCUCCCUCGUCAAGUAGUUCUUCCAGUUCUUCUGACUUUGAGACAGAUUCUAGUUCCUCUAGUAGCAGCAGCAGCACAGACAGCAGCACAGAUGAUGAGCCACCAAAGAAAAAGAAGAAGAAAAACAAUUUGGUUCCAUGUUAGGACUGUGGCACUGAUGAACGCUAAAUACUAUUUAAAAUGCAUAAUGGCCAAAUAAAAUUUAAGCGAUCAAUUUUUACAACUGAGAAACUGUAUGUGUUUUACAUAGUAGUUCAUAAGACAUCAGCUGUUAAAUGGCAAGUAAACCUUAUUGAAAGAGUA